AAACAGUUCUUCAGUCUUCUGCUUCUCCAGAACACUUCAAAAUAGCGAAUUCGGGAAAAUGGCAAUGCGGUGCUGUGUGCCCUUCUGCAAAACCACGGCGGAGGUCGUCUCCGAAUCCGAGGAGAUUACAUUUCACGAGUUCCCCAGAGAAGUGCAUCUCCGUGCUGCUUGGCUCAGAGCCCUCGGCAAACAAGACACUCUCCUGCCAGAGCCUGCUGUGGUCUGCUCGCAGCAUUUUCUGAACGACGACAUUUAUGAAACAGAGAGUGGCUCAAGGCGGAUUCGUACUGGCGCUGUCCCCUCACCAGUGCUGGUCUGCAUGAUAUGCCUGGACACUCGCAGCAAGCUGUUUCUGAUGAGUAAAUACCAGUUGGAAGAAGCAUAUGAACAUUUAGUGGGACAUCCUUUGUGUGGUCAAGGAAAGCUCAAACAAACGCUUUGUGUGCAAUGUGCCCAGAGACUGGUGAACUUUAGCGCAUUCAGAGACAAGAGCUUGAGAGCGCGCUCCCUGAUGAUGGAGCUACUUGACAGACAUGAAGUGAUAACUAUACGACAUGUCAAAUUGAUAAGCCGCGUAAAAUACCAACUACAGUCCGACAUUGUCUCGGCGGUGUCGGAGCCCGACUACUGCGAUGUGUACAUAGCACACUCCGACGCGGACGGACGGACAGAACUAGACGCGACUGCCGCAACUGACGAAGCAGUUGCAGUCAAACGGGAAGCCGAGCCAGCCGCCGCCCAAACAGAGUUAUAUCCUUUCAGCCACAUGAUUCCCAAGCCGGAGUCGUCGGGGGACUGCGAGCAAGCUUCGGUCGCUCCUUCGGUACUCGCGACCAAUCACGGAAACGAAGAACAUCCGACUGAUACAGACGACGAGUUGGAUAUAUUGUCUUUCGAAAAUAAUACAAACAUUUUUGAAUAUUCAGGGAAAUCCCAGGACCCCUUACUAAAACUGAAGGAAUCGUUGGCGAAAAUAAGUGAUAAUAUCAAUUUGCGAACAGCGAGGCCAAAUGUUCUUUUGAAAAACGAACACAAUUCCCAGGAUAUAUCCAGUACACAGUUAGGAAACUAUACUGACCAGAUACAGUAUAUCUGUGACGUGUGCCAAAAGAUAUUUCAACGGAAAAGUUCCUUAGUUACCCACAUUAGGGCGCACACUUACGCAAACACUUUCUCAUGUAAGUUAAGGGAGCGCAAAUUCACUCAAAGUAGUACGUCAUCGAGCCCCAGGAGGACUCACACUGGCGAAAAGCCUUUUGUGUGUAAGUUGUGUAAAUACAAAUGUGCACGAAAUGGUAGUUUAGUGAGGCACAUGAGGACUCACACUGGCGAAAAGCCUUUCGUGUGUAAGUUGUGUGAUUAUAAAUGUGCAGUAAAUAGUAAUUUAGUGAAGCACAUGAGGACUCACACUGGCGAAAAGCCUUUCGCUUGUAAGUUAUGUAAAUACAAAUGUACAGAAAAUGGUAAGUUAGUUAUUCAUAUGAGGACUCACACUGGCGAAAAGCCUUUUGUGUGUAAGUUGUGUGAUUAUAAAUGUACAGUAAACAGUAGUUUAGUGAGUCACAUGAGGACUCACACUGGCGAAAAGCCUUUCGUUUGUAAGAUGUGCAAUUAUAAAUGUGCAUUGUGUGGUCAAGGAAAGCUCAAACAAACGCUUUGUGUGCAAUGUGCCCAGAGACUGAUAACUAUACGACAUGUCAAAUUGAUAAGCCGCGUAAAAUACCAACUACAGUCCGACAUUGUCUCGGCGGUGUCGGAGCCCGACUACUGCGAUGUGUACAUAGCACACUCCGACGCGGACAGACGGACAGAACUAGACGCGACUGCCGCAACUGACGAAGCAGUUGCAGUCAAACGGGAAGACGAGCCAGCCGCCGCCCAAACAGAGUUAUAUCCUUUCAGCCACAUGAUUCCCAAGCCGGAGUCGGGGGACUGCGAGCAAGCUUCGGGUAAGACAACUAACUUACCACGCGUUUUAGCUCCUAUGUUGCGACAGAUAUCUUAG